UCCGGAAUCUCAGUUCCUUCCGCAGUUACGAUGGGAUCUCAAGUGUAGUGUAAACUUUAUCUUAAUUGGAAUUCAGUUAAUUUUAAAUUACUCACUAGACGUAAACGCGUUAAUUCGUGUUUCACCCGCUUGCAAAAAUGAAUAUUAUUAAUUCUCCAGCGAAGAGGACGGCUUUGAAACUCUCCACCGUGGGCUUGUUCCUGCCUCAAAAUGGAGUCGCGGAGGGGAAUAUGCACUGUGGAGCUACAGAUUCUUCCGCGCAGAUGCCUAGGCCUGCAAACAUGGACACUCGUAAAGGGAAUACGGGCUCCGGCGCCUCUUCACACGCGCGACCAACAGCUUUAGUAAUGAAAAACGAACUUGUAAAUAAAAAUUUGCCUGAGGAUUACGAGAACUCGGGGGAUUCUCUGCCCUGUACGCCGGAGUUCCACUCGGACAGCGAAAUUGAGCUCUCCGGCUACUCGGCGGAGCACGAAGUGUUGGAGAGCGACACGAGGCAGCUUCUUAGCGAUUUUUUCAAGCUUUUUACGGGGAUUUCACAGUCGAAGUGGAAACAACGCCCAGCUUUAUCCACGAUGAAGAGGGUGGUCGACAACCUUUUGGAAAAGCACAGAUACGCAUAUAAUGGAAUGAUAAACAAACUAUCUCUGGACGACAGGGGAGAUGACGUAUCGUUCAUUAGCACAGUAGCCAAGAGUAUCUUUGAAGAUGGCACCACCAACUGGGGUCGUAUUGCCAGCCUGAUAGCCUUCGGGGCUGUGGUGUGCCAGUACCUGAAGACAAAAGGACGAGAAAGCUGCGUAGAGCAAGUGGGUCAAGAAAUUUCCUCAUACCUUCUGAUGGACCAACGAGACUGGCUAAUCAGGAACAACUCCUGGGAUGGUUUUGUCGACUUCUUCAGAGUAGAAGACCCAGAAUCAGCAGUGAGGAGCACACUUAUGGCUGUAGCCGGAUUAGCUGGUAUUGGUGCAACGCUGGCCAUGCUGAUAAGGUGAAUGCAGUGGACUAUUAAAAAGACCUUUUGUCACAUGUUGGAUGUCAUCACUUUUUUGACACAAAGAUGGAAAUGAGAGCAAUGUUCCUUAUUUUGAACUUUGCAAAGACACACACUUGGACAUUUUUUGAGACUUUUAAAGUUGUAUUUAAUCACAAAGAUGGAAAUGAGAGCGAUGUUCCUUAUUUUGAACUUUGCAAAGACACACACUUGGACAUUUUUUGAGACUUUUAAAGUUGUAUUUAAUUUCAAAGUUUAUUUUUCUAAUAAAUGUUAAAAAUGCCUCUAUGCAAAAUGGUUACAGGUCUCAGUUGAUCUGAAAUCUGCUGUUGAUUAUGUUUACUUUGAGAGACUGCUAUUUUGGGAAUCAAUGGAUAAAACAGAGAGCACAAGGCUGUUUCCGUGUUUUUCACAAUUUCCAUAAAUAGGCCUGGAUCUUCAUUGUGUGGACACUUGAACAUGUCAGAGGAGGAGGGGCAGAUUUGCAUGAGAGUUGGGAGUGCUACUUCCGUGUCACUUUAAAUAUCGAGGAUUGGCACUAACUAACCGGAAGUGUCCUGGACUUUUCAGAGCUGUGGGCUGAGUUGGACACUUGUUCUUUGAUUUGCCCCUGAGUUCUUAAAUUGAGGAGGGCUAUCAUAAUAGUCUUCUGUGAUUGUGAAAGUGCAGAAGUUGGAUUUGUGAUGGUAAUGAUACAAUUAUAAGUUAAUUCCAAUAUAUUCGAACCACACAUUUUCCCAGCAGUGAAUAAAUGGCAGCAUUCACACAUA